GCAGCCUGCGCGCGCACGGGGAUCUGCUGGGAUCCGCUGAGUGAUGUGAUCGGAGCCCGGCAGAUGGAUCGGAGCUGAGCCCGGCUGUGUGUGGAGGUGGCGGGGCCCCAGUAUGCAUUCAACUUGCCGGCGGCUGGGAUGGAGAUCGGGGGGAUGGUGAGCAGGCAGAUCGCCCUUCUCAUUACAGGCUGCCUGCUGCUCCGGGCUGCGGGGGCUCAGAACGGAGAUGGUUGUGGCUACACCUUUUUUGGCCCAGAAAGCGGAACUUUUACAUCAAAAAACUAUCCGAACACCUACCCAAACAGCACUGUGUGUGAAUGGAAAAUCCAGGUCAAGCCUGGGGAACGGAUUCUACUAAAGUUCGGAGACUUUGAUAUUGAGGAUGUUGAUUCAUGUCAUUCCAGUUACCUGCGGAUUUAUGAUGGUUUUGGAGCAGCAAGAACUGAGCUAGGUACAAAGUAUUGUGGCUUGGCAUUGAGACCAGAGGACGUCAUUGAGUCCAAGAGCAAUGAAGUCACCGUUUUGUUCAUGAGUGGGACCCACAUCUCCGGACGAGGCUUCCUGGCUUCUUAUGCCACCACAGAUAAAACAGAUCUCAUUACAUGUUUGGACAAAGCAAGUCGGUUCUCACAACCUGAAUACAGAAAAUACUGCCCCGCUGGAUGUCUGACACCUUUUGGGGAAAUCUCAGGGACUAUUCCUCUUGGCUAUAGGGAUUCGUCAUUGCUAUGUAUGGCGGGCAUACAUGCUGGAGUUGUAUCUAAUGCACUUGGAGGACCAGUCAGUGUUGUUAUUAGUAAUGGCAUUGCGUAUUACGACACUGCUCAGGCAAACAACAUUACAUCUAAAGUGGGUCCAUUGUCUACAACUCUCUUCACAUUCAAGACUACUGGUUGUUACGGGACUCUUGGAAUGGAAUAUGGGGCUAUUCCAGAAUCCCAGCUAAGCUCCUCUUCAGUUCUGGAGUGGACAGAUCACACUGGGCAGUAUAAUGUCUGGAAGGCUGACCGAGCAAGGCUGAAAAAACCCGGGCCUCCUUGGGCUGCGUCAUUUGCCGAUGAGCAUCAGUGGCUGCAAAUCGACCUGAACAAGCCGACAAAAGUCACAGGUAUUAUAACCACUGGAUCCACAAUAUCAAUGUAUAACUACUAUGUGUCAUCCUACAAAAUAGAGCACAGUGAAGAUGGUCUCAGGUGGACAGUUUAUAAGGAUCCCAAUACAGAUAGAGAGAAGAUAUUCCAAGGCAACUCUGAUUAUCAUCAAGAGGUCCGCAACAACUUCAUCCCACCCAUAGUGGCAAGAUUUGUAAAGAUAAGACCUACGAGCUGGCACCAAAAGAUUGCCAUGAAGGUAGAACUUCUCGGCUGUCACAAUAUUCAUGCGGUUAUUCCAAAACUGACUGCCCCACCUGCUUUUGUGCCACGUGCCAAACAUUAUCCACCGCCAGUAGACAAAACGACGCCGCCACCGGAGAUUAAAAACACGACCGUGACUCCAAACAUUACCAAAGAUGUACCCUUGGCAGCCAUCCUGGUCCCAGCCUUAGUCAUGGUCUGCACCAGCGUCGUACUGCUGCUCGUUUGUGCCUGGCACUGGAGAAACAGAAAAAAGAAAUCUGAAGGUACAUACGACUUGCCAUACUGGGAUCGUGCAGGCUGGUGGAAAGGAAUGAAGCAGUUUCUUCCUGCUAAAUCAGCGGAACACGAGGAGACCCCAGUGAGGUACAGCAGCUGUGAAGUCAGCCGCCUACGACCAAGAGAGGUGGCCAUGUCAGCAGAAUAUGCCCAGCCACUAGUUGGGGGAGCAGUGGGCACAUUGCAUCAACGAUCAACCUUUAAGCCAGAGGAAGGUAAAGAACCAGGGUAUGCCGAUCUGGAUUCCUACAACUCUCCAGACCAGGACAUUUAUCAUGCCUAUGCAGAGCCGCUGCCCACCAGUGGACCAGAAUAUGCCACACCAAUUGUGAUGGAUAUGUCGGGGCAUCCUGCCGGAACCAUGUGCCUGCCUUCCACCUCCACCUUUAAAGCUGCAGGGAGCCAAGGUCCUACACUGGUGGGAACCUACAACAAACUGUUAUCUAGGACAGACAGUUCCUCGUCUGCACAGGUACUAUAUGACACUCCUAAAGUGACCCAAGGGGCAUGUCCAGUGGAAGAGAUGGUCUACCAGGUGCCACAACCAACAGCAAAUAAGGAUGUACCUCCUUAAGUGUCCACAGAGGAGCUUUUCGGUUUAUUCAUUGGAACAAAAUGGCUUUAUUUUCUACAAGCACAUUUGCAUUCUGUGUGUCCAUAAAUGUAGAUUUUAGUCACAUUGUUAAUUAUUUGAAACAAGACUUCAACCACUGUUCACAGGCUUUAUAUUGAAGCGCUAAACUACUUCACCAAAACACCUUUGUAUGUACCUGCAGCAGAGCUGGACAACUUACAAAUUCCUGUCCAUAGUCCACCUGUCCUAGCUUACCCUUCAGUCUACUGCCGUGGUAUUUUGGAUUACGUGGCUUUUGCCUAAUCCACCCAAUAUGGAAGUGACUGAACACUGGUUCCUGAUCGAAUACUUGUCAUGUUUUUGCAGUGGGCUUACCCAGCAAGGUGCAAAGAACAAUGAUGUGCUUUAAUUUGUGGCAGCCAAUUAAUCUGCUUUUUACAGUGAGGAUAUUGGGCAAAAGAUUUCACUAUUUCAUCUGUCACCUUUUUCAUAAGGGUCUGUUCACACUGCCUGCACACUAAACCCAGAGCAGUUUGGUGUGCGGACAGCUGUCCGUUUCGGCUGUGGUACGAGGGCACAUCACCAAUUCCUUUUUUAUUUAUUUUUUUUCCUUUUUUUGCUCUUAUUGAUUGUCAAAUUUAUUUGAAGUGCAAAAAUUGGCAGUGAUAUGCAGUGCUUUCCUGUGUGCUGUGAUAAAAUGCAGCAAGUUUGCAUUUUAUCGCAGCUCACUACACCUCACCUUUGGGUGCACAUAGAAAAAAAAACUUUUUCUACACUCUAUUGCCAAAAGUAUUGGGACGCCUGCCUUUACAUGAACUUU